AUGCUAUUGAAAUUCGGUUUCUAUGUCAGUUCUUAUGAUGCUGAGCUAUUCAUUCAUGACACAAAGAGGGUUUAUGUGACUGUAUAUGUGAAUAAUGUUUGUCUAUUCAGUUUGAGAAUCAAAGAUCUGGACUGGGCCAAGGCUGAAAUUGCAGCCAAUUACAAGAUCAAGGAUGUGGGGGAUUCAAACUGCUAUUUGAGUUCGAUUAAUGAGGGUAUAACCUUUCACAAAGACACCGAUAUUGAACCCAUGGCAUAUGCUGAUGCUGAUUGA